ACGAUGUCUAAGAAAAAGAUUCUUUUAAAAGUAAUUAUUCUUGGUGAUUCAGGUGUUGGAAAAACUUCUUUAAUGAACCAAUUUGUUAAUCAUAAAUAUAGUUCUGUCUAUAAAGCAACUAUUGGUGCUGACUUCUUAACAAAAGAUCUUGUUGUUGAUAAUCAUGAAGUAACAAUGCAAAUUUGGGAUACUGCCGGAAAUGAACGAUUCCAAUCCCUUGGAGUUGCUUUCUACAGAGGUGCAGAUUGUUGUGCUCUUUGUUAUGAUGUCAAUGACCCAAAAACAUUUGAGUCUUUAAACAACUGGAGAGAAGAAUUCCUUGUUCAAGCUUCACCAAAGAACCAAGACCAAUUCCCAUUUGUUGUUUUAGGAAAUAAAGUUGAUACUUAUGAAGGAAGUCCUGAUGCUAUUAAGAAGAAGGCUGAACAAUGGUGUUCAGAACAUUUCAAUAUUCCUUUCUUCGAAACUUCUGCUAAAAAUGCUACCAAUGUAGAUGCUGCUUUCCAAUCAAUUGCCCAAGCUGCUAUUGCUCAAAAGGGAACUGAUACUGAUAUUUAUGUCAUGAACCAAGUUAAUAUUGAUCAGCCUGCUCCUCAAGCUCAAAAGUCUGAUUGCCCUUGUUGAUCUAUUUGAAUUUUGGGUGAAGUUUCAUUAGUAUAUG